AUGCUCGGCCAAUCGUGGGCUCGUUUCAUUGCCCAGCCCGCAGUCUCGCGCCGCCCACUGUCCCAAGCGACGGCCACCCCACCGUCGCACGUUCAGCACCACCUCCCUUAUUUUGUCCGUCGCAACACCCGUGGCUCCCUCCCCGUUUAUACGGACAUUCGCAACGGAGGAACGCGCUAUCUCGUACAGAUACGUAACGUCGAAGGCCAGGCGCAGGUACUCGCAAACCAGCUCAAGGCAUCCCUCUUCGAACCAAAUUCACCGGCAGCAGCCAGACUUGGUGUUCGCGUCCAUGAUCAGAGACACAUCGUAAUCACUGGCGGCCGCUGGAAGGUGGACGUGAUGGCGUGGCUUCUCAAUAAGGGCUUUUAA